GAUUGUACUCAGCUCAGUGAUGUAUUAAAACAAAACCUGAACCUUAAUCCUUCUUUUUAUGACGUGUGCUACUGUGUGUUCACCUGCAUAUUUAUUCCUUUUGGGAUUUACUCAGGCUUCUUAGUCAUAAUCCCAUUUCUCCUAAUCUCACCCUUCCCCCUCCCAUCAGUAUACUCUCACACGUGUACCUUCUCUCAUUUCAACCAGCAGUCAUUCAUGUUGUUGGACUACUGCUGCCGUUGCUGUGGAUUCACAUUUAUAAAACGCCAUGGACCCAUUUCCCUCAAGACUACACCCAGUGAUACCUGGGUCGUCCUCCAGAACCUGUUAAUGUGCAUGUUGUGCUUCUAUUGUCUCUACUACAUUGUAGCCAGUCUGUGCAUCGGACUGCUCAGAAUUCAUGAGAUCAACAGCUUGUUGGCUCCAUUUGAUUACACAACACAACCAUCAUGGCAGAACCCCAAGUAUUUGGCUGGCGUCAUUUCCACAGAACUGACCUACAUUCUGGGAGGGCUGGUGUUCGCCUGGAUUGUAGAGGAGCGCGUCUGGGAUUAUGCCAUUACUGUCACACUAUUGCACAUAGCAAUUACCGUAGCAGUGAUGUCAGAUUUCCCUUUAGCUGAACACUGGUGGAUUGCUCUGGGUUCGGGCCUGGUGAUGAUGAUAUUUGGAGGACAGCUCCUGGCUUAUAAACUCUUCAGGAGCAAUUUUGUGUCUCCGGCAGAACUGCAGAACUUUUGAAGAACAGAAGUAAAAAAUGUGUUUCACGAGUUAUUAGAUAAUCUUAGUUGUGGAUUAACUUUAUUAGGUGUACUGUUGCCUGUCUGUACAGUAUGAAUAAUGGUGUGUAUCAAUACAUAUAGAAAGUCUGACACAUCUGUGUAAACAGCACAGUUUAUUGUA